UAGUGCUGGAUACCAAUUUUAUGACAAAUUAUGGCUUAAACCUUUUAACUUAACCCUAAUUACGCAGAGUCCCCUACUCCUCCUAAACCACCCCUUAGUAGGGUUGGUUGAAUUAAAAAACUAGAAGAGGAAGCGAUUUUGUGUUGGAGAAACAGAUGGAGACGAUAAGCAAGAAGCCCAAGAGUGACAAUCUGAAUUGCAAUACAAAGUGGUCCGAUCUUCCGAAGGAAGUCGUGCAAUUAAUCCUCAAAAAGCUUCCAUUUGUUGACCUCCUCCGUUUCAAAGCACUCUCUACGUCAUCUCUGUUGCUUCAGAAAUCCUAUAUCUCAUCUUCAUUUUACUCUCCUGCACCUCAAACACCAUGGCUGAUGCUUCCUAGCGACCAAGUAGACGAACCCAACUCUUGCCGCUUCUUCAGUCUCUCAGAGAAAAAGGUUUACAAGCUCGACAACGUUGUCGAUGGCUUUCGGGGCUGGAUUUUUUGUGUGGGAUCAUCAUAUGGGUGGUUGGUAAUUUCGGAUGAAAAAGAUAACCCAUCUCUCCUCAAUCCAUUUUCAGGUACUAAAAUUAAACUCCCAUCAAUCAUCAAAACUACUAGCGCAUUGUUAACCGCAUUGUUAGAACCCAGGAGAAUUCGCAAAGCUAUCCUCAUGUCGGAUCCUUCUCGUACUGAAAACUUUCAAGUUGCAAUGCUAUAUUCACAUUACAGGACGAUACUACUUGCAUUCUAUAAGCAUGGUGAAAGUAAUUCAUGGAUCGAUGUGGUGAAAAAUGGUAGAAAAGCAAACUACAAUAGCAUUACAUAUCAUGAUGACAAGCUAUAUGCUGUAUAUGAAUCAAAAAUUGAUGUUUGGAACAUUGGCAAUCCUUUUCCAACACUAGUUUCAACCAUUGAAUUUUCUGUACAUAUUACUCUUCGGAAAAUCCGACCCAAUUCUAUGAACUUUAGAUGUUAUGAAGAUAUUGUGGAAUCAUUGGGGGAGCUUUUUUAUGUGUAUCUAUUAACUUUUUACAAUGUCCCUACUAGUAUUAGAGCAUAUGAAAUAAGAAUUUCUAAGUUCAAUUUCAGUGAGAAUAGGUGGGAGGAGCAAGAAAAUUUGUGCGGUCGGACUUUUUUCAUUGCUAAUCACCAGAUUAUGGCGGUAUGUGCCCGAGAUUUUCCGGAAUGCGAAGAGAAUACGGUUUACUUCGCUGAUAAUGAACGUGAAUUUGGGCUAUACAAGUUACAUAUUAAUGAUGAUGUUAUGAAACAACCAUUGUUUCAACAGGAUAAGAGCAUCAAAUAUCCGUUACCUCACUGGAUUGUUCCUAACAUAUGAGUUUUAUUUAUUUUUUCUUCUAUGUAAAAUUCUUAUUUUGGACCUCUUGUUUGUUAAUCGAACUUUUUCUUUUUCUUU